GGAGGAGAGGAGGGGGAUGUUGUUGUUGUGGAGUCGGUUGUGGUGAUUUUGCCGGACGGCACAGGGCAGCUCGGUUCGACUGGUAUCCGCUAUCACAGCGGCAUCGCACGGAUUGUCUCCCGGUGCAGCAGAAAAAUAAAGUGCAGUCCCAUCAUGGCGAGUGACGUUCUCAUGUUGAUGAGGGGCCUUGCCAAGCUGAGCCAGGCCAUUGCGGAAACCCAGACCAUGCAGAUGCGAGUGGCAGUGGCCAGGGACUGGCAAGCGUCUGCCGAAGAUGCCAUCAGUGCAGCAGCAGGAAAGAUGCAGGGUGUUGUAUCACGGCAAGAAAACCUGUCAGGGUUAGAUGAGGAUUUCACUUCGAAGUGGAGUCUCGAUGGUGUGACCUAUGAGGAGGGGAUGCAAGACUUCACCACACCUACCCAACAACAACAGGUGGCUGUUGACCCCCAGGCAUUUGACCCAGUGUCUCCUGAGAAACACACUGGGCUCUUCACUGGACAAUCUGGGGACUCAAGCAGCCCCUUCGCGUCUGGAGCCCAGAGGCGGUCCUUCCAUCAAGACCACCGUUCUGUCAGUGGGUUAACUGCUGAAGAUAUCGACAAGGCUCGAGAGGCCAAAGUGUCUCCUACAGACAAACCUUACAGACAGAUGUUGAGCGAGCGAGCGCGAGAACGCAAAGUACCAUCCACUCGAAUCGGCCGACUGGCAAAUUUUGGAGGCUUGGCUGUUGGUCUUGGAAUUGGAGCCUUAGCAGAAGUUGCCAAGAAGACAUGGAGACCUGAAGAACGUGAGACAGGUGGCAAAGCAAUACUCGAUGGCAGUCCCUUCUUAUCUGAAGCUAAUGCUGAGAGGAUUGUGAACACACUGUGUAAAGUACGAGGUGCUGCUCUCAAAAUAGGUCAGAUGCUCAGCAUUCAAGAUGAAGCUUUCAUCAACCCUCAGCUGCAGAAGAUAUUUGAACGUGCUCGACAGAGUGCUGACUUCAUGCCCAGCAAACAGAUGAUGAAGGUGCUAAGCAGUGACCUGGGGCCUAAUUGGAAAGAUCAGCUGGAGUUUUUUGAAGAUCGACCAUUUGCAGCAGCUUCCAUUGGCCAGGUCCACCUGGCAAAGCUGAAAGAUGGCAGGGAGGUGGCUAUGAAGAUUCAGUAUCCUGGAGUUGCUCAGAGUAUUGCCAGUGAUGUUGCCAACCUGAUAACAGUAAUGAACAUGAGCAAUGCUCUACCUGAAGGUUUGUUUCCUGAGCAUAUGAUUGAAGUGAUGAGCCGUGAGCUCUCCUUGGAAUGUGAUUAUGAAAGGGAAGCAAGGUGCUAUAAGCAGUUCAGGGAGCUAGUGAAGGACGACCCCUUCUUCUAUGUGCCACAUGUUAUUGACCAUCUGAGCAGCAAACAUAUCCUCACCACAGAGCUGGUGCCAGGCUUCCCACUGGACAAGGCAGAGGAACUGAGCCAAGAGAUCAGAAACUAUAUCAGUGAGAACAUCCUGAGGCUCUGUCUGCAGGAACUGUUUGAAUUCCGAUUUAUGCAGACUGACCCAAACUGGUCCAACUUUUUCUACAACCCGCAGACUGGCAAGGUGGCCUUACUGGACUUUGGAGCUACAAGAUGGUUUGAUGAAGACUUCACUGACACUUACAUUGAAAUUGUGCGUUCUGCAGCAAAUGGGGACAGGGAACAGGUGCUGAAAAAUUCGAUUGAAAUGAAGUUUCUUACUGGCUAUGAAACAAAGGUUAUGCAAGAUGCCCAUGUGAAUGCAGUGAUGAUCCUUGGUGAAGCUUUUUCAUCAACAGAGCCUUUUGACUUUGGACAUCAGAAUACCACCAAACGGAUCCACAGUCUGAUCCCCAUCAUGCUGCAGCAUAGACUAGUUCCUCCUCCUGAGGAGACCUACUCUCUCCACCGCAAGAUGGCCGGUUCCUUCCUUAUCUGCAGCAAACUCAACGCAAAGAUUACCUGCAAGCAUUUGUUUGAGGAUGCCUACCAGAAGUACUGGAGUAGGAAGGCCAAGCAAGGAGGCACCCCCCCUUAAAACAGAACGGCCUGCCUGCCUGUAGCAGGAUUAGGGUCGGGUUGGAGGUGAAGAGCGACAGGGAGUGGAAGAAGCUCCUGAGCAAAACACCUUACUGUGUUUCCUUUUCUUAAAGGGAAUUGCAGAGACAAUUUUUUUUCAAAACAGGAAAUGAACGUUCCACUGAACACAGGAUUGCACUAAACAAGCAAGUGUGUGUUCUUUAACAGCAAAAGAGGAAUUAUGUUUGAGGGAAGUUUCCAUUGCUCCUUAGCAGGGGACAUUUACCUGUAUUAAUUAAUUGCAUUUGUAUCAUAUAUACUGAAGUGAUUAGUGAGGAAAUGAGGAACCGUUGAAUUACUUUAGAAAUCAUCAAUUUUUUUGUAUACCUAAUAUGCUGAUUCAAUUAAAGAAAUCAUGUUUGUGAUUAGCGA